CGACAUCAGAGAGGGCGCGCCCGUAGACGUUGCUUCUCAGGCUUCAAGAUGGCGGAAGCCCUGACAACCCAAGAGGAGGUGGUGGUGGAGGAGUUCCUGGCCAAGCUGAGGUGUCUGGAACAGUCUCAGAAUGCAGAUCUUGUCAGUCAGAUAACGGCAGUUAAGUUCCUUAUGGCACGCAAGUUUGACGUCUCCAGAGCCAUAGACCUCUUUCAGGCUUACAAGAACACCAGAAUAAAGGAGGGCAUCUACAAUAUUAACCCAAACGAGGAGCCUUUAAGGAGCGAGUUACUGUGCGGGAAAUUCACAGUUCUGCCCGGUCGUGAUGCGAAAGGUGCUGCUUUGGCACUUUUUACUGCACGUCUCCAUCAGCCGGACCUCACUACCCAUAAGGCUGUUCUUCAGGCCAUUAUAUAUCAGCUGGACAAGGCCAUCGAAAGUGUUCAGACACAGAGAGACGGGCUCAUUUUCAUCUAUGAUAUGACAAACUCGACAUAUGGCAACUUUGACUAUGAACUUUGUGUCAAGAUUUUAAAUCUGCUUAAAGGGGCUUUCCCUGCUCGGUUGAAAUGUGUCUUCAUAGUUUCGUCUCCGCUGUGGUUCAGAGCACCCUUUGCGGUACUGCGUCUGUUUGUAAGAGAAAAACUAAGAGAGAGGGUGUGCACUGUAAAAGCUCACGAACUGGUCAAUCACAUCCCGAUGAGCUCCCUUCCAGAACACUUGGGUGGCACGUCACAGUAUAGUCACAUUGCCUGGAUCCAGUCCUGCAUCAACUCCGGUGCCAACAACCCCAAUAACUCUUCCAACGUCAAUGCUGAUUGCUUGGGCAGCUUGCUUCACUCCUACUCCAUGGAACACAGCCAGAACGCUGAGCCUUUAACUGCCAACCCUACAGCCCACACAGGGGCCACCCUCCUGGGGGAUGGACUGAACUCCAACUUGCCCAUUAUGGAUGAUGGCAAUGCCAACUUGCAGAAUCGCAGGACAACGGGGCACAAACAUUGGAAUGGCUCUAUUCUGCCAAGUUCAGGGGGCGUCACAGGGUCAAAUGCCAAUGUUGUCAAUGGGCGUGGCCGUCAGCCACCCCCACAGUCAGAAACACCCCCAGACACGCCCCUGCAUCAAAAACACCCAGCCGGCGCCAUAGGAGCAGUAGGAGUAGCAACUAUGGGUACGCAAGAAGCAGUUACAUCACUUAUCGACAGUAGGCUGGAUGGAAAGGCUGCUGAGGACAGCCAACAGGAUGUAGAGUUUCUAGAAGAGGAUGGUGUUCCACCCCUCCCGCAAAAGUCAAGGCCACCGCCCCUCCAUCACAACCCUGCAUCAGAUAUGAGCUGGUUACCGGGGACAGCAGAAACGGCGGUGUUGUCAGUGCAUGUAGCUGAGCCAGGAGGAAUGAGCAUGCAGGAUCUUGUGCAGCAUGUCAAACGCAAAAAGAAGAAAGGCAUUUACCAGGAGUAUGAGGAGAUCCGCAAGGAGCCUCCUGCUGGGACAUUUGACUAUUCCAAGAAACCCUCCAACCAGAUAAAGAAUCGCUACAGUGAUGUCCUUUGCCUAGACCAUUCACGGGUUCGACUCUGUCCGCUUAAUGAUGAGGAUGAUGAGACGUCUGACUACAUAAAUGCAAGUUUCAUGGAUGGCUACAAGAGAAGUAAUGCUUACAUCGCUACUCAGGGACCUUUGCCAAAAACGUUUGGAGACUUUUGGCGAAUGGUGUGGGAGCAAAUGGUUUUAAUCAUCGUUAUGACUACAAGAGUUGUAGAGCGAGGCCGUGUGAAAUGCGGACAGUACUGGCCUUUAGAAACUGGCCGCACAGAGGAAUACGAGUACUUUUUGGUGAGAAAUGUCCAUAUUGAGAUGUUUCAAGAUUUUAGGCUAUCACACCUGGAGCUCUUCAACACUCAGACAGGAGAAUAUAGAGAAGUGUCUCAUUAUCUCUAUGUGAGCUGGCCUGAUUUUGGUGUUCCGAAGUCAGCGUCAGCCAUGUUGGAUUUCCGUGCACAUGUGAAGCAGAGACAAGAGUUUAUGUUACAAACGCUGUAUCCUGAUUGGACAGGACCCCUAGGGGGUCCCCCAGUGGUGGUACACUGCAGUGCAGGCAUCGGUCGAACAGGCACGUUCUGUACUUUAGACAUUUGUCUUUCUCGUCUGGAAGACAUGAGGACAUUGGACAUUAAACAGACGGUGCGUCGGAUGCGGACGCAGCGUGCUUUCAGCAUCCAGACAUGGGACCAGUACUACUUUUGCUUCAAAGCAGUGAUCGAAUAUGCCCAACAAAGUGGUCUCCUGCAGCCCGUGGAGUGGUCAGACACAGAGCUGGAAACCGACAGCGAGUGAAUAAGAGGAACAGAUCUCGGGACAUGAGGGCAGAGAGACAUGGAAGGACGUCGUCUUUUUUACUCUCCUGGCCACAGGUAGACUCCAUGACUUCCUCUCUCAUUGUUUUCUGGUGAGGAAGAUGAGGAGAUAAAAAAAGGAGGAGCGGUUUCUUUUGUCCUGCCACUUUUCAAGCCCUUCAUUGCCUCUAAUCCAGAAAUUAGAGACUGGCUUGGUGUACGAGUUGUAGCAUUUUUUUUAUAAGUACUGACUUGCACAUGUGGAAUGACAAACUUGAAAAAAAAACAAAUUUAUCAUAUUAUCUCAUUUUUUUACCUUCUCAAAGUGUUCGCUCAACAUGGGGUUAAAUUCAGACUUUUUAUGGUGUUAAAACGUAAACUUGAAUUUUUCGUCACAUUAGCAUAGCAUAUUAUGUGUGUUUAAACAGGUUUCAACAGUUUUCUUUCCCAUUAUUUGUCAUGUAUGUACUUCAUUGUUAAACUAACCUUUAAGCCAAAGGUAUGGUGUUGAAUGCUUGGAUGUAUCCCUAAUAAUCGUCGUGACUUAAACCCAUGUAUAUCUUGUAACAUACAUUUAUAUAUUGUUCAUAACAGCCUUUGAAAAGCCUUGUUUUAAUAUAAAUACUUUUAACUUUCUAAUUAUGUGUAUCUAUAUAUAUAUAUAUAUAUAUAUAUAUAUAUAUAAGAAUUUAAGUUUAUGUUGGGUUAAAACAAAAUGAAAUGAGGAAAAAAACUAUCCUAGUUGCAUUUGUUCUCUAACCGUAGUCCAUAAACAUCCAUCAAUUGGCCUUAAUGCAAGGCUUCUUUUCAGAAAGAAUCUCUGACAACAACAGACAACAAUCCCAGUGCUCUAAACAGUGGUGUCAAUAGAACGUAUCAAUCUGGUUUUGAAUUUGAUGGUAACCGUUUGAGAUUCUUUAUGAAUGCUGCCCCGUAACCUUGAAUCACUGCCUUGCUCCCUCUAAAGUAUGAACUGGUCUGUUUCCUAUUAUUUUGUUUGUAAAUGUCUUUCUACAAUGGGCUUGCCCCCAAAUAUUUUGAACUGCGCGGACAUCGAUUCUAUACUCACGUUUACCCAAGUUACAAACACCAAAGUGUUCCAUACCGACGCAAAUUGCUUGUGUUUUAGUAAUUGUUACUUAAAAAAUGUGUAUAUGUAUAUAUGUGACUUGGGGUCUUCAGCUGUGCAGUCUGUGGACCCCUGGGGUCUAAAAGCCUCGGUUUUGUGCCUUCAAGCUUCCUGUAGUGUAAUGUGUACUUUCAGGCAAGGACCGGAACAGCUGGUCUUGUGUACAAAUUAGGGAUUCAUUUUCAAUCUCAGGGUAUACUAGGUGUCUCAAAACCUCUGCAUCUGCCUCUGGUAGUGAUAAUUUCCCAAAAAAAACGAAAGACAAAAAAAGUAUACAAACUUUAUUUUGACUUUUAUACAGCAUCCUGUAUUAUUUUCUUUUUUUAUUUAUGUCUUUGUAACUCUUCAGCAGUAUUGAAAUUUGAAUGUUGGUACGAAAAGAAUUAACAGACAUACCAUUUUAAACUGAUAAGCUAAAGGAAUCAAACAACGAAACAAAAAAGACUGAUCAGCUUUUUCCAUUUGUUCAGUUUGGAAUGAUCUUACACAAUAUUGUUUUUUGGGAGAAAAAGUCUGUUUCCAGAUGCCCUUAGCAGCCCCUUUUGGAGGCUGUGUGGACUGUAAAAGGACUGUUUAGGAGAUUAAACGCAGCCAAAAGACUGAGACGGACACGUGACUGAACAUCAAGGCUGCCAAAAACAGUUUUUUAACUUCUUGCCAAUCAACAGAAAAAAAGAGGAUGUACACAAAACCAAAAAAGAAAUGUAUAUUAACUUGAAUGUUACGAUUAGAUUAAAUGAACUCAAGUCUUGGGAGACCUUUGGAAUGCUUUCUCCUUUAAUGUCAAUGCUUGUACGAUGACAGAUGGUUGUGAAUGUGUGAAAGUGUCCACUCACUUAAUGUUUACUUGUCUUUGACUUUAUCAAAUGCAGGAUUGGGCUCAUACUUGACUGUUUUAUGCAGCUGAUUCCUGCUUGAAUGAGACUAUGUGGAAGACCGAUUCUUCCGCUGAUUUAUUAAAGGCAGUCAGGAAUGCAAUGUGAGUGUUUUUCCUUGUUUUAUUUUCGUUUGGAUGCCCAGAAGUUCUUGUGAUUAAGUAAUGGCCUUUUUACCUGACAUCUGCAAUAGUGUAGUAAACGUAUUCUGAAACUGA